AUGACUGCAUGGUUCUGUCAAGACAUGGCUCUUUUACUUGACCUAGUCGCGAUCAAGAUCGCAGGCACGUUAUUGAUUGUGUUACUUUCCUGGAGGCUAUGGCGAUUCACCAUCCGCCCCCGGUUCCACCCCACCGAGCCAAAAGAACUACCAUACUGGAUCCCAUUCAUCGGUCAUGCCCUCAAUAUCUUCAGAGACUUCAACAGCACCAUCAGCCGAGGCGUGAAGUACUUCCAGCACACGAACGAACCCUUCACGAUAACCAUCGCCGGUGAACAGAUACAUGUCGCAACAUCGGCAGAGGACAUCAACGCAGUCUGGAACAACACUAAGACCCUAUCGUUGGAUCCAAUCUCUAUGGGCAUGUACACUCGGGCAGGUCUGCCCGAGAAAGCUCGAAAAGCCCUGUUCCAAACUCACACAUCAGCGCGAUACAACGCAAAAAGCGGGCACGAUAUGACGCCUACAGAGAUGGUACAAGAACAUCAUAAGCAACAGCUGCACAAUGGCCCUAAACUGGAUGCUCUGAUGACAGAAAAGCUCAUUCCGGGCCUUAUCAAGCAUUUGAACUUUUCGGACCAUUCACACCCAGCUGUCAUGUCACGAUCCGGACCUUCUGUCAUCAUCUCGUUAUUCGAUCUCUGCGUCAAAGCAUUCAUAGCUGAAGACACAGAUGUCUACUUUGGCCCGAUACUCCGUCAAAUUGCACCAGACGUGGUCUCGGCUUUCGUGAACUGGGAGUACACUAAUUGGAAGUUCAUCAUGCAACUCCCCGCUUUUCUUGCGAAAGACAUGCUGAAUUGCAAGGGAACGAUCGUAGACGCAUUUGAGGUAUACUACAAGCUACCUCGAAGCCAACGCCCGGGCGCAAGCCAUUUCGUCGUUGCGCUAGAGGAUAUGCUGCAAGAGGCUGGAUUGACGGAAAGAGAGAUGGGACAGUUCACGUUCUUGCACUACUGGGCCUUGGUAGGAAACACAUACAAACUCGCUUUCUGGCUGCUCGCCCACCUCUUGCACAACCCCACUCUUCUGUAUAAAAUCCGAGAAGAAGUCCUCCCAGCCGUAAAGAACGACCAUAUUGACGAGACAUACCUCCUCAAACGCUGUCCGGCACUAGACUCGCUCAUCAACGAAAUCUUGCGUCUCACAGUCUCAACGUCCCUCGCCCGCUGCGUGAUCUCCCCAUGCACCAUUGGCAACAAAACCCUCCUCCCAGGCCGCAAAAUCAUGCUACCCAUCUCAGCCCUGCACUACGAACAGUCAGUCUGGGGUCCAUCACCCUUGACUCUGCAGCCUGAUCGGUUUGUCUUGAACCCGAAGCUCGCGAAAUGCACAUCGUACCGCCCAUGGGGUGGCGGGUCUACGAUGUGCCCAGGGCGCUUCUUCGCCAGGCGUUCUGUGAAUGCGGUUGUGGCGAUAUUAUUGGCGAGGUAUGAUAUGGAGGUUGUGUCUGGUAAUUUCCCAGAAAUGGAUGGGGCGAGGCCGAGUCCGGGAAUAGCUCCGGUGGUGAGGGGGCAGGAUGUUAAGGUUAGGUGCACACCAAGGGGAUAAGAUGAAAGGCUUGAGUGAAGAGGUAGCGGGUGCGAGUUUUUGCUACAGUGCUUGAGAUGCUAUGCUCUAUCGGCGAUGUUCGAAUUGCCGUAGAACCCCACACCGUCUUUCGUCGUAGCGUUCAAUCUCUCCAGAAUGUACUC